CUAUCGCCUGAAGAGGUCAUUCUGGCUUUAGCUACCACUUGUUGCUGAAACCCACCGGGCUCCUACAGUUACCGUACAUUCAUUCGUUUUUAAAAACAUUGAUUUUAAAUCGUUUCCUCGUGACCGAGAGGUAUAACUCAAUGUUUGAACAGGAGAGAGCCCACUUACAACGCUUUUAAAAGGGAUUACUAUUGAACAAGUUAACAUCUCACCCUACCCGAGGAAAUAAGCAUGGUUGAUAACACCAGUAUUGCGGCAAAAUCUGCUCUGCAAACGGCGUUCUCCUCGGCGAACGCCCUUCCUUUACUGGUGUCUACAGCCUCUGCCCACCACCAUUUCUCCGGUUCACAGUUCCACCCGCCCAGCAACGGCAUGAAGUUGGAGGCGGUCAUGGAAAACCUCCAGCGACAACAGGCUGCACGCCUGGCUCUCGGGGGGACGCUCCGACACACACAGAAAGAUAAAGAAGUCCGAUCUCUAAUUGAGGCACAACUCCAACAGCAAGCCAUAGCCUUCCGUCAAUAUCAGGCGGCGUUCCGGAGCUCAUUCCCAGCGGGAAUACCCACUCAGUGCACGGGGACAAGCACCGCUCUUCCUAUCCAAGCCGCACUCAAGUACACAGAGCCCGCGGAUGACUCUGAUGUGGAUGAUGAUGAUGAACUAGAACAUAAUCGUGGUUUGGAAGAUGAAAUUCAGCAAGAUGGAAUGGAACAUGAAAGAGCCACGAAUGAAGACUUCACAUACUUUUCGCCACACAGCUCACCCCAACCACGAGAAGGACACGACCAUAAGGGGGUCGGAGCGAGUGUGCUUCCAAAAAUCGGCCAUCCACCGUAUACGGCGCAGAGGCAAUCUGAGUCUCCGGGAGGAGUGGCAACACACGUACAAACACACCAGCACGAAUGGACUUAUGAGGAGCAGUUUAAACAGUUGUAUGAGCUGGAUGAUGAUGAAAAGCGAAAGGAGUUUCUGGAUGGUCUCUUCAGCUUCAUGCAGAAAAGAGGGACUCCAGUGAAUCGGAUUCCUAUCAUGGCCAAGCAGGUGUUGGAUCUCUACACUCUGUACAAGCUCGUGACAGAAAAAGGCGGCUUAGUAGAGGUCAUCAAUAAGAAGAUAUGGCGCGAGAUCACCAAGGGUCUAAACCUCCCUACCUCUAUCACAAGUGCAGCUUUCACUCUCCGAACACAGUAUAUGAAGUACCUCUACCCCUACGAAUGUGAGAAACAAGCACUGAGUUCCCCAGGAGAGCUUCAAGCAGCCAUUGACAGUAACCGGCGGGAGGGGCGCAGGCAGAGUUAUGGCUCAUCCCUGUUCAGCUACUCUCCUAUGGGGACCCCCAGCCUCCUCUCCUCCCCAAAGAUCCACAUGCCCCACUGCAGCAUGGCUGCACCCAAUGGCAGCCACGUCUCCCAGGCCUUCUGCAUUAAGAAAGAGGAGCCCUCUCUCCCAGGCCGGCUGGCCGUCCCCCUGCCCCUGCCAGGGCACCAUACGCAGGCCGCUGCUGCUGCACAGGCCGCAGCCCUGGAGCAGCUGCGGGAGAAGCUGGAGUCUGCCGAGCCCCCGGAGAAGAAGCGGAUGCUGAUGGCCGAAGAGCAGCAGAGAAUCAUGCAGCAUGCGUUCCAGCAGAACCUUUUUGCCAUGGCAACCCAGCUGCCAAUGAACAUCAAGCUCAGCAACAGAGAUGACAGACAAGACACUGCAUUGAACCUGUCUACCAACUGCAUUAGCAGCAUCAACAUGUCAAUAGAAAUAAAUGGAGUUGUCUACACAGGGGUCCUCUUUGCCCGGAAGCAAGCCAUUCCAGUCAUGCCAGGAAGCAAAGGGAUCAGCCUCAGCAGCUCCCAGGGAAAGGCCAGCCUGGGGCUGCCAGCACACAUCCCGCCUUCCUCUUCCUCCUCUUCGUUCUGCUCUGCCUCAUCCUCGGCCCAUGGACAUGCCUCCUGCAGCUCCUCUCCCUGAGCCCUGGCCUUCGUCUCCAAUGAAAACACUGAAUGCUCAGUGCUCUGUGAAUAAGAGAGAAUAAGACUUGGUGGUGAGGGGGAAUUUUCUUUCUGCUUUUUUAGACAAGUGUAAAAAUAAAGGUCAUUUAUAAAGGGCAGCCGCAUUUGGGGGAUAUAAAAUUAAUACUUUUUGAACAAAAGUUGUUUUAGUUAAUCAGCUUUCUUCCCCCGAGUCCUCAAAAACCUGGUAAGAAAAUGCUGAUAAUCAGAUGAUGGGAUUGACUACUCUUAGCUUCUGCAAAAGCUGUGAUUGACAUGGUUUAUUAUUUUUAUUGAAUAUAACUGUAAGUAUGGGUGUAAGUUUGAUUCAAUGCGCAGUAUGGUUCCGAUUUCUGCUUGCAUUGUGUUUUGAUACAGACAGAGGUGGGUACUCCCAGCUCAUACCAAAGACAUGAUCAAACAAAAGCAUCAAUUAACAAGUCAUGUUGGCUUGCUCAGAAUGAACACAAGGAUAUUUUCCGGUCAGCAUUAACACAACCAUUACAAAUCAUAAUCAGCAACAGCACUACAUUCUAUAAAUUAUUCCAGACAUCGCUUUUUUGCUUAAAUAUUACAAGGCCUCAUUUAGAAGGUGGAGAAACCUUGACUGGGUGAAUCUGACUUUAGUUCUUAAGACAUGACCAUUGUAAAAGCACUACUGCAAAGCUUGGCAAGCCUUUCAGUAUGAUAGUGUCAGCCACCACAGCAACACAGCAACACCAACUGUGGUGAAAAGUGUACUUACUUCCACAAUUUUACCCCAGGGCUGAGUCCAUACUGCCUGUCAUACAUCUGAAAGGCUUUGCUCUUAACAGAAAGAAGAACAUCAACAGGAAAUUUAGAAUAUCUUAUUUUUCACGUAUCAAGGAAGAAAUAUUGUAAGUCAUAAAGAUAGCACAUAGAUGAACUAUACAUCUCGAUCACAAGCAGGCAUUUGCACUGCAUCAAGCUUGGGGAAAGACCAGUCAAGGUGACAUAAAUGAUACAUUACAAUGGUACAUUACAAAGAAGAUGCAGGUGUUAGCAAUUGUUAUGUAGUGGAUUUAUACUGAACUGAAUUCAUUUUUAUGCACUUGUAUGUAAGACUUUGGAGGUUCUCUUUGUUCCUUUUUAUUUUAAUAUGAAAAGGGUUAAGAGAGGGUUAGUAUUUAGACUUUUUCCAAUUGAUUCUAUUUAACAUAUGAAUUUAAUUAUGCAUUUAUUUUGUAACUAUUCUUGAAUUUGCAACCAAGAAAUUAGCCACUGAGACAUUUUUAAUUUAAACCAAUUUCAACAAGUCUUUGGAUGCAGAUACCUUACUUAUCUAUGCUCCAAAAAGUAGAAGAUUUACAUAUACCUCCUUUUUUAUUUCUAAUUAUGGUUUCUAAUAUUUUCGAUUGUAACACCACUUGAAAAACGUAUUUUUCCAACAGAUCACUGGAUUUUUCUUUCUUCUCAUUUUGUAUUGUUAUACCAAAGAAGGGAAUAUUCUAUGAAAGCACAUCUACCUCAUUUGUUAGAGACUGUGCCAAUAAACAUGAUACUAAUCUUAAUUUCAAGUUAAUAUUUGUAGGUCCACAUGUACUAUUUGCAGGAACAAUGUGUAUUAAAUCAGCCGGACUGUGAGACAAGAGGCAGGAUGUUUGUAUGAGUGUAUUGUCGGUUAUGAAAAGAACAGAAAGAUUCUAUUUUUCUGUACAAAUGAUACUAUGUUGAGGUAUUUGAAUGACAAGGUCAUAUUUAAUAGUUGAAUAGCUUUCUAUUACAUGUACAGAAAAGAUAAUGUUGAAAUAAUAAUGAAAUGUCAUAUCACAAAGAUCAAUUGAAUGAAACAUUUUCUGGACUGUUCUUUUUUGAAGGUGGUUGUUUCUUUAUGUAUUAAUCUCUUAAAUACAUGAAAUCUAGUUCACAUAAAGUGCUUGCUAAAAUGUAAAGAGUGGCAGGUCCCAGUAAAGGAAAUACUGUGUUUAAGUCCAGGACAUGAGUUGUGUCAUUUUAUCACAUUUAGAGUAACUGGGAAAUGACACAUUGGGAGAGGCUUGGUGUGGCAUUGUACCUGAGAAUGAAUCAUCCUUUCCAGACAUGCCUUUGUGCUGCUGACCUUCAGUGAUCUAAAGACCAGACAUUCUGUGCAUUCAUGUUAUCACUGUUUGUUAGGAGUACGUGGUAAAUUACCAAAGGAUAGUUUAAAUAUAUUUAUAUAUAUAUAUAUGAGGACAAAAGUGGAGAUGAUACGCACAUUUUUGGACGUAUUGUUUUAACUGCUUUUGAUGUACAUAUCAGACAUGUAUUAGCUGUUUUCUCAGCACAGGCACAGUUUAUGCAUACUGUACAGAUAGGACUGUUCCCCUCACUUCAGUCAGCACUGGGCCAAUGUGAAAAGAGCGGAUUGGCAAUAACUGGAUUACAAGAUUUUAAAAAACGGCAUUGCUGACUGUGAAAAUGAAAGUGCAGUAACCAAAGAUCGCCAAGUCACCGAUAACACGUACAUUUAUAAAAGAAAAAAGAAAACAGCACAUCAGAAAAUAAAUAUAUUCAUAAAUGUGUCAAUAGUAUGUGGCUUACUUUGCUCAAAGUUUUUAUCUAUGCUAUGCUGGUAUAUGAUGGCUUUACAUGCUGUAUAUGAAGCUUACAUGUAUUUUCUUUUUGUUAAAUUUGGAUAAAUCCAGUGCAUUAUCAGAUAGCUGGAUUGUGGUGCUCAGGGGUUAAAAUUUAAACACAAAAUGACACAAAAGAGGAUUUUAUUUUGUUUUUGCCAUUUCACUUGUAGCUCAUGUAGAAAUAAAAUGCUGCUUUUAACAGA